ACAGAGCCCCUCCAUCCAGCUCAGUUGAAUCAUAGCUGCAGUUCACUAAACAAGCAGGAGUGCAGCCAACAGAUUGCUCAGCAUCUAACCAAGAGAAUCGUUGAGGGAAGAAAAAUGUGGACAUUACUCCAGGUUGCGUGUCUGCUGGGUUUAUUAUCCGCAGUGGUACCUGAAAGUUACGAAGACAAUUUCCAAGUGCACUAUGACAGCAAUUACAUUAAUGAGUUACCUGAGGACAAACAGACAGAAGAGGAGACCCCCACACCUUCCCCAGAUCCCUGCAAGGGCUCAGCCUUCACCAAGUGGGAUAAACUCUUCACCAUGCUGGAAAAUUCCCAAAUGAAAGAAAACAUGCUCCUGCAGUAUACUGAUGACAUCAUCAAGGUAGAGCUGCAGUCUCUGAGAAAAGAGAUGAUGCAAUUCGUGGCGCAGUACGGCGGCUCGUGCGCGGUGGCGAUUGAGAACUCUGCACGACGGACUGGAGCGCAAAUUGACGCGCGACUGCAGAACGAGCUGGAUCGUUUGCGCAAGGUCUCUGACGACCAGUACGCAAAGUGCGACGAGGUCCUGCAGCAGCUACUUGUAUCUACUGGGAACCAGGCUGCCCAGCUAGAACGGCUGGAGAACGUCUGCCAAAAGUCCACGCAAGGCAAGAGUCUUCAUGCCCGGCAUCUCACGCAUGAGGUGACUGAUGCAGAAAGGCUGGAGAAGGGUCUGGCAACCAUCUAUAGUGAGCUACAAGCCCUUCGGGAACAGAUGACCCUGCACAUGCAGUCACACCUUGCAAAUGGUCUCCCAUCAGGCUGUGACACUGGUCUGCUCUUCCCGAUGCGCUCCUCUACAUCUCAUGUUGAAGUGACACCCAAAAGACCCUUCCUGACCAAUGCGGUUACCAUCUGCCUGUGGGCCAAACCGACUCAGGUUCUUAACAACACCGUCCUCUUCACCUACAGCACGACCGGCAACCCUUACGAACUACAGCUGGUCCUCAAUGGCCAGAGUGUCUUAUUUACCGUGGCUGGCGAAACCCAUUUGGUGGAAGCGUCGAGAGCGGUGCAGGAGGGUCAGUGGGUGCACCUCUGUGCGGUCUGGAGCUCAUGGCAGGGCCUGGCCUCUCUGUGGGUCAACGGUCAACAAGCAGCGAGUUCUCCCGGAGUGGCCGAGGAUCAUGAGCUACGCAGCAAAGGAAGCAUACUUCUGGGGCAGGAGUAUGGACGUUACUUCAGGCAUCUCAGUGUCCAGGACACCUUUGAUGCAGACCAGGGCUUCACAGGGAAGAUGACCGGAGUGAACAUGUGGGAUCGUGUUUUGGAUUCAAAGGAGAUUUCCCAGCAGGCACGGUUGGAUGGGAGUGGUUGUGGUACACGUGGUAAUGUGGUGGCCUGGGGUGUGUCUAACAUCGAACCAAAAGGGGGUGUCAAGUUGAUCUACUAAAUUCUCAAUGGCCUAAACCUCCUGAGCCCUGUACACCGAUUAGAUGAGCUCCUACAACACAUAUUCAGAGACUGCUUUGCUACACGUGCACAUAGUAAUUUUCUUUCAUUUCAGGAAAAUAUGUUGAUUUAGGGUGGAAGUUAAAGCAGUUAUAUUGUAAUAUUGAUGCCAUUGGAGAGACGUCAUAUCAUUUAUUCAUCAUUUUGAAAUUACAAUGUUUUGUUUCGAACACAUUUCUCUAUCAUCAAAGUAUUUAUCUUGUUUGAAAAUGUUUACAUAUUGAUUUGAUCUAUUUGUAAUGUAAUCUUUUAAUGCAUUGUGCUAUUUUUCCUUCUAUAAUAUUUUAAAACUCACAAGCUUAUCUUAUUUGUGAUGAAUAUUUUUAUUUUCCUACAUAAAUACAGCUUAUGAAUGCAUUUCUUUAAAUAUUUGGAAAACGUUUUUAGCUACUUACUUUAUUUUAAUGAUGAAACUCUGGAAAAUGUUUACAAGGUCAAUUGUGACUUUUUUGCUUCCCUUGAUGUGUGAUGUGUAUUAUAAUGUAAAUUGCUUUUUUCUUUUUGUUAAAAGAUGAAUGUAUAAUGUAUAUAGAUAUUUUUCAAUGAGGGUGAGAAAACAAGCCAUAAUAAAACAUUUAAAUAAAGAAAUAUCAUUGUCA